UCCCGAUCGCGGGCCUCCCGACUGCCCGUUCCAGCCGUGCCACUCCGAACUCCAAAGGAAAGGAACUUCUGUCGGCAAUCACCUCCCGUCCCUAGUCCACGGUCCCUUUAGCUAUAGGGCGUGGUCACAAAGCUUCAAGGAACUGGAUUGUAAUUGGCCAGGCCGCGUCUCGGGCGGGCGGUGCGAUUGGCGAAGGCUCUGGGCCCCGGCAGCAUCGGCUCGUGGGAUUGGCCGCGCCCGUCGCAUCCCGUUUUGGCCUGACAGUCCCGGGCCGGGUGGGAGAAGGGGCCGUGGGACCCACGGGCCGGGCGCUCCGGGGACCAUGGCGGCUGCGGACCUCGCUCAGAUUCCUGAUGUGGACAUUGACCCGGAGGGAGUCUUCAAGUACGUGCUGAUUCGGGUCCACUCGGCGCCGCCCUCCGGAGCCCCGGCUGGGGAGUGCAAGGAAAUCGUGCGCGGCUACAAGUGGGCCGAGUACCAUGGGCUACGGUCGUGCCCAGCACUCUGUCUCAACUGAGAAGAUCAAAGCCAAGUACCCUGACUACAAGGUCACCUGGGCAGACGAUGGCUACUGAGGCCAGUGCCCAGCAGUCAAGACAGGACUCUACCCGCCCAGGGUGGCUCCGGAGAGGCUGCCCAGCUCUUUGCUUCUGGACCCCUUGGCAACAUGCCACCCCACCAGGCCUUGGAGCCUAGGCCAGCCUGGCCCACAGGAAUUAAAAGCCUUCGUGUGUCUGCUCAUCUGUGCGUCUUGGCUCCUCUGCCCCUGGGGCACCACCCAGAGCCUCCUGGCCUCUGCCCCUGGAGGCCCUGGAGAGCGGCAGUGCACGCUCAGCCCCUUGGGGUCUGAUAAGGAGGCCCCAGGCUGCUGCUGUUUAUGGCCUGAUUGCUCCUCCACAGAAUGCUAUCCCAGAGGAAAUCUGGGUGGAGACCUCACGAGGCCUUGCACAAGAAGUCUGUGCCUGGUCCUCAUGGCCACCGGAGGCCUGCAGUGCCCACAAGUGCCCCUUUCCCAGUGCUCAGCUCAGGCUUCCGGCAGGAAGGGGCCUGGCCGAUGACAUCAGCUGACAUUGCCUGUCACUGUCAAUCUGCCCACAGGCCCAGCCCGGGGGCCUCAUGUUCCUGAGUGGUCUGCUGGCCAGGGACAUGUGUGACAUGACCCACAGUCCUCGAGUCCAGGAUUGGGUCCUGGGGCUGCUCACUGAUGGACGCCAAGCAGGAGGGCCCUCCUGGCUCUGAGGGUCCCCUUGCCCUGCACCUCCCACAGCCCUGGGUCUUGGCCUGUUCCCAGCCCCACUUCCUACAUGGGUAGAACACAGCGUAUGGAGUCAGUGGGUGCUGGGAAAGUUAGGGAGACACUGUGCCCCGAACCUCAUGUAAGCCCUUGGAGAGGUCCUGAGGCCACCAUCCAGCCGAGUGCGGUGAGGCCACUCUGCCAAGGUCACCCCAGCAAGUCUGCCUGGGUGAAUCUGGUGGCAGGCAUGCUCCUCCUGCCCCGACUGGGCCCGUGCUGGAAGUUUCUGGCUUGCAGAACCCCGUGCCUUUCACUGACCAGCCGGCACAUGGCUGCCCAGGACGAUUCUGAAGGGUGAAGGAAUGAUGGGGUGGGGGUCCACAGUCUGGGUUCCAAGGGGUCAGGCCUUUGCCUGAUCCCCAAGGCAGAGCGCCCCAGGGCACACAGGGACAGGCCACCUUGCCCCUCUUCAGUACCAGGUUAGGGCCAAGCCAGGGGCCUGAGAGAAGCACCCCACGCUCUGCACAGAGCCCUGCUCCUGGGAUCCCAGCCCCCACCCACUCCGGUGGGACCCUGCCGAAGCCCCUGGGUGUCAGCCUCUGCCCAGCCCCGCCCCACACACUGGAGGGUGGGGACGAAGGUACACGGAAUGGCCGUGGCCUGACCUUUGGUCGGGAGAAGCUAGGCAGGUGGGAGCUGAGCCUGGCCAGGGGCCCUUCCUGGGGACACUUUUACAGCCAGAUGCUCGGCCUGCCAUCCCGAGGUGGGGCCCAGCCCGGGGGCUGCAGGCAUAAAAGGAGCCAAGCCCCUUCCAGUCAGAGGCAAGUCAGCAGGGCCACUGCAGGGUGAGACCUGGACAAAGUCCCCGCCACCAGGGUGCACAGCCUCCACCGCUGGGCCUCGCUUCCUCCAGCCUGGCCAUGUGGCUGCCUGCAUACCUCCUGCCUGCACUGGUUCUGCUCAUGGGUGAGUGGGCUGGUCUUGCCCUGGGCGCCACGCAGAUACCAGACCUCUCCAGAGGAUGAGAGCAGCCUGCAAGGGGGACGUUCUGGAAAGCCCAUGGGCCAGAGAGGGCCCGGCUAAGCCUCCUCUCCCUGCCCAGGGUGAGAGGGCCCCUAGGUGGGCACCCACUCAACUCCCUGAACCUCCCUGCCCCCUCAUGUGGGGCGGGGUCGGUGCUAAGGAGUCUCCUGGGGGUCCCCUCCUGGAAGCCACAUGCUCGGGUCCCUGCCCCUAGGGAGUGCCCCCCCCCGCGCCCAUAGCCUCCUCCCCUAAGUGCAGCCUCCAAGGGGCUGGGAGCCUGAGAAAUGGCAUGGAGCCCCCAUGCCUGUUUGUGGGCCCAGGCCCCGUCCUGCAACCUGACCCCAGUCAGUGACAAAUGUCCUGGCUGCUCAGGUCUGUUUCAGGAGGGCCAGCAGGUCCUGGGCACAGUGGCACAGCCAGCUGCCCUGCCUCAACCCACUCGGCUGUCUCUGCCAGCAGCGCAGGCCCUGGGCAGAGCCUGGGCCUCCAGUCCCUGCCAGAGCCCCGUCGAGGCGCAGUGCGACUUCCUAUGCAACUGCAGGGACUGCUCUGACGAGACCCAGUGUGGUUACCGUGUGGCCUCGCCCAGCCUGGGCACCCCCUUCACCUGCGACUUUGAGCAGGACUCCUGCGGCUGGCAGGACAUCAGCACCUCAGGCUACAGCUGGGUCCGGGACCGGGCUGGGGCACAGCCUGAGGGGCCCGUGGCUCACGCCGACCACACGCGUGGCACUGACCUAGGCUGGUACAUGGCCGUGGGCACUCACCUCGGGACAGAGGCCUCCAUCGCAGCCCUGCGCUCCCCUGUGCUGCGUGAGGCAGGUCCCGCCUGCGAGCUGAGGCUCUGGUACCAGGCCGCAUCUGGAGAUGUGGCCGAGCUGCAGCUGGAGCUGACCCACCGUGCAGAGACGCUGACCCUGUGGCGGAGCUCAGGGCCCUGGCGUCCUGGCUGGCAGGCGCUGGCGGUGACUACCGGCCGCAUCCAGGGCGACUUCCGAGUGACCUUCUCUGCCACCCGAAACGCCACGCACAGGGGUGCUGUGGCCUUGGAUGACGUGGAGUUCUGGGACUGUGGGCUCCCCACCCCCCAGGCCACCUGCCCCGUGGGCCACCACCACUGCCAGAAUGCAGCCUGCAUAGAAUCCCACCAGCUCUGUGACCGGGAGGACAACUGUGGAGAUGGCUCUGACGAGGACCUGCUCACCUGCAGCCACCACACGGCCACUGACUUUGAGACAGGCCUGGGCCUGUGGACCCACUCAGAGGGCCCGGCCUGGAACCACAGCACCGGCAGCCCCAAAGGCUCGGCUUGGCCGAGCAGAGACCACAGCCGGAACAGUGCACAGGGUGAGGCCCUCAGGAACCCGGGCCACUGCCCUGGCCCCGUGGCCACAGCCAGGGACAGGAGCCCACACCCACCGUCUCCCCCAGGGUCCUUCCUGGUCUCCACGGCCAAGCCUGGCAGCCCUGCUGUCCUCCUCAGCCCCCAGCUGCAAGCCUCAGGCUCCCACAACUGCUCGCUCAUCUUCUACCACUACCUGCAUGGCUCUGAGGAUGGCCGCCUCCAGCUGCUCCUGCACACGCAGGGCCCCAGGGCCUCCCAGGCUCCUGUGCUGCUUAGGCAGCGCCAGGGUGAGCUGGGGGCAGCCUGGGUCCGAGACCAAGUGGACGUCCGGAGCGCCCAGCCCUUCUGGAUCCUCCUGACUGGGGAGACGGGUCCUGGAGGUGUCGUGGGGCUGGAUGACCUGAUUCUGUCCGACCACUGCACGGUGGCCCCAGGGGCGGUGCUGACUCCUGCAGCUUGGCCCAAGGCCCCCUGGCCCCAGCAGUCCAGCCUGCAGGGUUCCUGCCAGCCAGGGCAGCUGGCCUGCGGGGACCUGUGUGUGCCCCUGGAGCAGCUGUGCGACUUCCAGCCCCAGUGUGCCCAGGGCGAGGACGAGCAGGAAUGUGGCACCACAGACUUCGAGUCCGCCACAGCUGGGGGCUGGGAGGACGCCAGCGUAGGGCGGCUGCAGUGGGUGCGGCUGGCAGCCCAGGAGCGUGGGGGCCCAGGCAGGACUGCUGCAGGGCACUUCCUGUCCGUGCAGAGGGCCUGGGGGCAGCUGAGGGCUGAGGCCCGGGCCCUCACACCCGUGCUGGGCCCCUCUGGCCCUCACUGUGAGCUCCACAUGGCCUACUACUUCCACAGUCGCCCCCGAGGCUUCCUGGCCCUGGCUGUGGUGGACAGCGGCUCCCGGGAGCUGGUGUGGCAGGCCCCAGGGGGCAGCUCCUGGGACUGGACGCUGGACAAGGUCCUUCUUGGGGCGCACCGCAGGCCCUUCCAGGUGAGGCGGGCAGCCUGGUUAGGGGGUCCUCAAAGAGCUAGCCCUGAUUUACAGCCCUCUCCCUCCACCCUGAAGCUGGAGCUGGUCGCCCUGCUGGACUUGGACGGACCUGGCCAGCAAGGGGCUGGGGUGGACAACGUGACCAUGAGGAACUGCAGCCCCACAGUGACCACUGAGAAGGACAGAGAGGUCACCUGUAACUUUGAGCGGGAUGCGUGUGGCUGGCACCUGAGCCACCUCACAGACGUCCACUGGCACCGGGUGGAAAGCCACAGCUCUGGGUACGACCACACCACUGGUCAAGGUUUUUUCAUGCUCCUGGACCCCACGAACCCCCUCAGCCGCGACCACCACGCCCACCUGCUCACUGAGCCCCAGGUGCCGGCAGCCCUGGACCAGUGCCUCGGCUUCUGGUUCCUCCUUCACGGACCCCAGAUCGGGACACUGCGCCUGGCCAUGAGGAGGAACAAGGAGGAGGAAGUUCAGCUCUGGUCUGGGUCGGGCACCCAUGGAAACCGUUGGCACCAGGCCUGGGCCACCCUGAACCACCAGCUGGAGCCCAGCACCAAGUACCAGCUGCUAUUUCAGGGCCUCCGGGAUGGGUAUCACGGCAUCAUGGCGCUGGACGACGUGACUCUACAACCUGGCACCUGCCCGGCCCCCCAGCGCUGCUCCUUCGAGGAGUCUGCCUGCAGCUUCUCCUCCGGUGGGCAAGGCCUGUGGAGGCGCCAAGCCAGUGCUUGGGGCCAUGCUGCCAGGGGCCCCUGGACAGACCACACCACGGAGACAGCCCAAGGGCACUACAUGGUCGUGGACACAAGCCCAGACGUGCUGCCCCGGGGCCACAUGGCCUCCCUGACCUCGGAGGAGCACUGGGCCCUACCCCGGCCCGCCUGCCUGACCUUCUGGUACCACCUGAGCCUGCAAAGCCCAGGUAAGGGGCUGCAGGAGGGGCCUCUGUGGGUGUGGGGCUCCCGUGGGCCCUGUGCCGGCUGGGCAGCCAGGUGGGCACCUCCCCGUGGUGUGGCAGGCACUCUGCAGGUCCGUGUGGAAGAGGGGGGGCGGCACCAGACACUCAGCAUCAGUGAGCACGGCGCGCUGGCCUGGCGCCUGGGCAGCAUGGACGUGCACGCCGAGCAGGCAUGGAGGGUAGUGUUUGAGGCAGUGGCCGCAGGUGUGGAGCACUCCUACAUUGCACUGGACGACGUUUUCCUCCAGGACGGGCCCUGCCCUCAGCCAGGGUCCUGUGACUUCGAGUCCGGCCUGUGUGGCUGGAGCCACCUGGCCUGGCCAGGCCUGGGCGGGUACAGCUGGGAUUGGAGCAGUGGUGCGGCACCGUCCCCAUAUGCCCGGCCCCCCGUGGACCACACUCUGGGCACCGAGGCAGGCCACUUUGCCUUCUUUGAGACGGGUGUGCUGGGUGCUGGGGGCCGUGCGGCCUGGCUGCGCAGUGAGCCCCUGCCAGCCACUGCGGCCUCCUGCCUUCGCUUCUGGUACCUCAUGGGCUUCCCUGAGCACUUCUACAAGGGCGAGCUGCACGUGCUCCUGGCCAGCUCCCGGGGCCGGUUGGAGGUGUGGGCUGCGGGCGGGCGGCUGCGGCACCAAUGGCUGGAGGCCCAGGUGGAGGUGGCCAGCGACGAGGAGUUCCAGGUAGUGUUUGAAGCCACACUGGGUGGCCAGCCAGUGCAGGGGCCCAUUGCCCUGGAUGACAUCGAGUACCUGGCCGGGCAGCACUGCCAGUGGCCUGCACCGAGCCCAGAGGACACAGCAGCACACGUGUCAGUGCUGGCCGCGGUCAGCGGGGCCCUGGUCUUCCUCGUGCUCCUGGUGCUCCUGGGACUUGCAGGGCGGCACUGGCUACAGAAGAGCGGGGGCUGGGGCUGGCCCUUCCAGAGGGACAAGGACCUGGCAGCCCCUGGCUUUGACAACAUCCUCUUCAGUGCGGAUCAAGUCACCCUCCCUGCAGCUGUCACCAGCGACCCAUAGAUCACCAGUCCGGGCCCUGGCCCCUCGUGCGACACCUCACCUGCCACUUUGGGCCUAGACUGCACUCACACCCUCCAAGGCUGGGCAGCCCAGGCCUCCCCACCCAAUGGCAUGGCUGGGGUCCCUGCCCUGUGAAUAAACACCCAUGUCCUUGAGGGCAGCGUGACUCUCA